AGAGUGAAUAUAAAUAAUAAAUUAAAAACGUAAUUAAAAUAACUUCGCAUUAGCUCUGCUGUUGUUAUUGUUCCACCGCUGAAUCGUGACGAACAUAUGUGAUUGUGAUUUGGAAUAAUUACAUAUGUACACAUAUAUACAUACACGUAUAUGCAUACAUAUGCGACAUGUUUGCAUAUAGAAUUUAAUACAUGCACACAGACACACUCUGUUCUACUUUAUGCAAGAAACAGAAACACAGAGCUAUAAUAAGAAUAUCUGAAAAUAUAAUAAUAUAAUGCCAGAGCGAGCGUCUAAGAAUAAUGACAGUCAGCCCAACAGCAGCAGCCAAAAUCGAAAAAAAUCAAGCGUGGUGAUGCGUUAAAAAAGGGACGACUACGACGACAACGGGUGUGCCAAUAAAUAAAAUCAAAAAGCCAGGGGGAAAAACAACUUGACGUGCAACGUCAAGUGUUUUGCUGUUUUUCAUAUUUUUGUGUUUUUAAAAUACGCAUUGAAUAUAAUAUCGGAGUGCCACACAAACCACACACCAACAAUAAACGACGGAACGAAUCAAAAACGAAUCGUUUCGAAUCAAUUUGCUAGCCCUAGCCACUCUUGCCCUUGCCUCUAAAACGCCUUAUUUAGUAUUAAAUAAGAAUAAAGAAUACAUUUUAAAUCGCUUGCCCAUGGAUGACGAAUUGGAGGAUAAGGUGUUCUAUCAAACAUACGUUUCACACAUGAAAAUUCUGUCAAAGUUUGCGGUGGGCUUCUCGUCCAUCAACUCGCCGUUGGCUUAUCUAUGGAAACUAUGUCGGCUUUAUGUGCUUCGACCCGAGGUCAUCUUCUGCGGGCUAAUUUUGUUCAUAAUCUUGAUCUAUUUGCAAGCGGUAGAUGUCUGGAGCCGGAGCAUAUUGGGCCGAAUACAGGCCACUCUGGGCCGCCAGAAGGCCUCGCGUUCUAUGGACGCCAUGACAGCCAGCGCGGGGGAGCAUCAGUGCUGGGAGGAGAUACGACAGCAAAGUGCAGCAUUCGCUGUGCUAGGUCGACGGCCGCGCAUGGAAGACAGAUAUAUUAUCGAGGAGAACAUUAAUAAUACGACGGGUAUUUCGUUUUUUGCCGUCUUCGAUGGCCACGGUGGCGAAUUUGCUGCCGACUUUGCCAAAGAUGUGCUGGUCAGGAACAUCUACAACAAAGUGAUUGAAAUGGCGAAACUCCUUAAGACUGCAGAGGGCGGUGGCGGCGAUGCUAACUAUGUGGACUACGACAAGAGUCCAUAUCUGGCUCGCAAACAAAGUCGCAAGGAGAGCAACAAGGAGAAUGCCGAACCGGCUGGCGUUUCACGUCGGGAUAGCUUACGCAAGGCUCAGAGCACGACUGCCGAUUGCAGCGCACUGAAGCAGAAGAUAUCCGAGUCUGUCAUUGCAGACAUCUACACGGCACAACUGAACUCGGCUAUGCGAGCCAGUGGUAGCCACACGGCAGCCAAAGAUACUUUUCUGAACAACAACAAUCAGAAUGCUCAGGGUGGUGGGAAGGGCAACAAUCCCCCACCCACUUACGAUGCCAAGUGUUACAUCGAAAACGGACGCAUCAAUUUUGGCAAGCUAAUCAGCGAUGAGAUAAUGUCUGCCGAUUACAAGCUUCUCGAGCAGGCUAAACAAACCACGAAUAUAGCGGGCACAACAGCUCUAAUUGCGAUUGUCCAGGGCAGCAAACUGAUUGUGGCCAAUGUUGGUGACUCCCGCGGAGUUAUGUACGACUCACGAGGCAUAGCCAUACCCUUGUCCUUCGACCACAAACCACAGCAGGUGCGCGAGCGCAAGCGAAUCCAUGAUGCCGGCGGUUUUAUCGCCUUUCGCGGAGUCUGGCGUGUAGCUGGCGUGCUUGCCACAUCUCGAGCUCUGGGAGACUAUCCAUUAAAAGACAAGAAUCUAGUCAUAGCGAAUCCUGACAUAUUGACAUUUGAACUGAACGAUCAUAAACCCAAGUUUUUGAUACUUGCCUCCGAUGGACUGUGGGACACUUUUAGCAAUGAGGAGGCUUGUAGCUUUGUCAACGAACAUUUGAAAGAGGCCGACUAUGGUGCCAAGUCUCUGGCUAUGGAAUCGUAUAAGCGUGGAUCUGUGGACAACAUUACCGUUUUGGUUAUCGUAUUCAAGAACGAUGUUUAUCGCAUUGCCAGCUCCACAGGGAAAGUAGGGGAUGCACCCGCCCGCACAGCUGUCCUGGCCAAGCCACCAACACCAGCUGCUGCCCCAGCCAACAAUAACAAGAUUGAACGCUCCAAUUCAAUCAAAGCCAAGUAAAGCUACCUUAGAGUAAUACAAGUGCCUGGCAUGUACUCUAAGCCCGUAGGAUCCAGUUAAAGGAAAGAAAAGUGCCCAAAUUUGUAGUAAAUUGCAGCUGUGUGAUUCAUUUUUGUACUCACAUUACUGUCACAUCACCGUAUCCAUCCAACAUACAUACAUAUCUCAUACGAGACAGAAUCUCCGAAGAAUA